AUGAGCGGCGAGGUCGGGGUCGGAGUCGGGUCACCGUUCAUUUGUUCCGCGCGCGGAAUAUCUGCAAUCAGGAUUGAGACUUCAGGUGUGUAUCCAAAGCUAAGGCAAAAACAAAAGAAACAACCUUUCUUGGGAUGUCUAGCGAUUUAUCAGAGUACCAAGAUGUCUCGAGAGACUGGAAAUGAAUCCCAGCAAUCUCAAGGUGCCCAGCAGUCUCAGAGUGGUACAAGUUCUUCCUCCAGUGGAUCACAGAGUGCCAGUCAGUCGUCUUCCAGUUCUGGGACCCUCAGUUCUUUGGACACAGUUCCUACUCAGGAACUUCCUUCAAUUCCUGAGGAUCAGGAACCUGAAGAAAUCGUUCCUCAGCCAUGGGGUCGACUCUUUGCACUUGAAAAGGGUUUCUGCAAUUAUGACUGCGUGAAUGACGAGUGUUGGUUUGGCAGAGACAGAAGCUGUGAUUAUAGCUUUGCUAAACUAGGGUUGACCGAGACAGGCUUAUACCAAAACUACAGCAAGAAGCACUUCCGAAUCUUCAGGAGGCCUUGGUUUGACUUGGUUUCUUGGCAAACACUUAAAGCGUUUGUAUUUUCUGAUCUUAUGGUGGAUGAUCAGUCAGCAUAUCCCAGAGAAUUGAGAGAGAAAUAUAUCAUGUCAAAAACUUUGGGAAGUGGUGCCUGUGGAGAGGUUAAACUGGCAUUUGAGAGGACCACGUGUAACAAAGUUGCUGUAAAGAUAAUCAAUAAACGGAGAUUUAUAACAAGCGCUGUGAGAGACACAGAUCCAGCUUUUAAUGUUAAUACUGAAAUUGAGAUUUUGAAGAAAAUAAAUCAUCCCUGCUUAAUCAAGAUAAAAAACUUCUUUGAUGCAGAAGAUUAUUAUAUUGUUUUGGAAUUGAUGGAAGGAGGAGAGUUAUAUGACAGAGUGUCGAGAUCAACCAGAAUGAAAGAAGCUACCUGCAAGCUCUAUUUUUAUCAGAUGCUGUUGGCUGUAAAGUAUCUUCAUGAAAAUGGUAUUAUACAUCGGGAUCUAAAGCCAGAGAAUGUGCUACUUUCCUCUUCUGAGGAAACUUGUCUUAUAAAGAUUACAGAUUUUGGACAAUCCAAGAUUCUUGGAGAAUCAUCACUUAUGAAAACAUUAUGUGGUACUCCCACGUAUCUCGCCCCUGAAGUUCUCAGUUCACUUGGGACAGCUGGGUAUAGCCGUGCUGUGGAUUGCUGGAGUUUAGGAGUUAUUCUUUUUGUAUGCCUGUGUGGAUAUCCACCAUUCAAUGAACAGAAUACUCAGCUAAGUCUGAAAGAUCAAAUUACCCGUGGAGAAUACACAUUUAUUCCAAGAGAAUGGAAGCAUGUGUCAGAUAUGGCUUUGGAUCUUGUGAAGAAGCUGUUAGUAGUGGAUCCAAAUAAACGUCUUACAACGGAAAAAGCCUUGGAACAUCCCUGGCUUCAGGAUGAAAGUAUGAAGAGCACAUUUCAAGAGCUACUUUCACAAACGAGAGUCUCUAUGCAUCCACCACAGACAUCAAGACUAAACAUGGUCUUGGAGGAACAACGGCCUCGUCUUUGUAUGCUAGAGUUUCAGGCAGAGAUUCUCAUUGAGGUACUGAAAAUGGCAAGAGCUUUGUCCUACAAGCAGUGUUUUGGACCUAUUUCCUUCUUGGUGGAGGCCAGUGUGGAGUAUUGGGUUCUUUGCUUGCCCCUCAAUAAGGACAGGCUGCCUCAUGCUUAG